GCUCGUCUCCGGACUGCUCGAUCACAUGCUGGGAAGGUUUGAAGUUGUGCGGCUUCAUGACACUCUCGUGCAUACCGACAAAGUGAAUGGCACACGGGCGCACAAGUGACACCGAGAGAGGGAGAAGACUGUCUGCCAGAGCUGAAGCGCGGCACGCGGAGGGAGAAGAAGAGGAGGAGGAGAAGAAGAAGAAGCGCGUGUGGAGGAUGAAGAUGAAAGCCGCGGGAGGCUGUAGUAGUAUCCUAUCACCGGCGUCUCCAAAACCCAGGCUUUAGGACGCACGGGGAGUCUAGGCGCGUUGCAAUUUGGACCAGUCGAGAAAGUUCAGCGGCUGUAUACAAUGGUUAUAAAUGGGUCUCACCUGAACAGCUCGUCGGAAGACCCUCUUGACACCGUCCUGAACCGCCCGCCGUGGGUUAGCACAACUUUGGGAUGCUUUCUCAUCUUCACUAUCGUCGUUGACAUCCUGGGCAACCUCUUGGUCAUCUUUUCUGUGUAUCGAAACAAGAAGCUGAGGAACGCAGGUGAGUCCAAGUCUGAGCGCGCGCGUCGAGAUAAAACUGAACAAAGCGAAACAAAACAAACUCUGACAUUGUCAAAGUAAACAGUUUCGACUCUAUAUGAAGUUGACGGUGUUGUUUGAAACAACAGGGGGUUAAAAUGAGCGCCGUUUGAUUCAUUUGAGGCGUGUUGUUAUUAUGAAUGAUAGAGACAUUUUAUUUUGGUAGUUUUUUUUUUUUUUUACGGCUGUCCAUCUGUAGCGCGAGCUCCUCUGUACAAAUCCGAGCCACCAUGAACAUGCCAGUGCACGCGAUGGAAAGAAACGUCAGUUUACGACAAAAUGAAGGAUUCAGAGAUUUUUUUGCCUUUUCUUUAAAUAGUGUCAUAGAUGUGACAUUGAAAUAUCUUAAAAUACAUAGUUUUCUCGUGGCUGGACAGGUACCAUUAAGCAUUACACUGUGAGGCUGUGAAUGUGACAAAUAUAACUUGAUUUCCACGAUAACUGAAAUGGUCUUUUUAGUAGUAAAUAUUACUGGGCAGCUUAAUGUUGCCUGCUUUAAAGGCAGAUAUUUCACUAACCUACCUCAAGUCUACCAGCAGUUAAAUAUGCUCAAAGGAAAGAGAAACACUAUAGCAAUUAUUGACACAGUCAGAAGCCACAGGGAAAGCCCAGCGCUGCUUUCCACUGACGCUUCCCAGGCUUUUCUACCAUUGAUGUCUUCAGCUGAAAGAUUUCAUUUCACGUCUCUGAUGACAACAGAAUUUUAAAUGUAUCACCAGCUCAGCUCAGUGGUGAAACUUGUCAUGCAUGAGUGUUUUUCUUGGUUUGCACAUCACUUAAAAAGCAUAGAUUUAAUUCCACUCUGAGCUGUCAAUUGAAUUGCAUGCCCCCUUUAGUUUGGACAACAUUGACUCAGUCGUGUUUGCCUUGCUUGGUAAAGGUGGUAAAACGCUCAUUAUUUAAUAGUCAGAGAGGACGGAGAGCUGCUGAAAACCCCCUGAGAGUCUCCUGUCGUGCUGAGCGCUGCACACACCAAACUGGCAGCUCCACAUAUCACGGCUGUCAUCAUUUGGAGGCUGUAACAGGGCGAUUUGCUAAAUACACUCCUGAAAUUACCAUUUCACUCAGCAUUAAAAUGUUAGCGUCAGAAUGGAUUCACAUCAUGUGGAUCGAGGACACAGAGAGCCCCCGUUGAGAAGUAUAAAGUGUAUCUAGGAUGUACAGGGAAGUGAUUGACUCUCUCCUACAAGCUCCCGCUGCUUUGUAAUAAUCAUUUGAUAAAGAGACGGUUUUAUUCUGAAAUGCAUCCUGGAUUUAAGAGUCUGAAGAGAUCUGCUGUUUCCUGCCAAGCUGUCUUCAAAAUGAAUUUGUCACUGUAAAUAAGAAUGUAAGUGAGUUUUAUGAGGUGUUAAUAUGUGGUAAAUUGUUCAGCAAAGUAUCGAAAAGAGGAGAGAUACAUUUAGGGAACUGCAUCUUUGAAGUUGUUCGCUUAAUUAUUUCUAAUCACAUGUAAGGAGGUCAUAAUGCAGCAGCAGCAGGAAUUUAAUCAAGCAUGCAGUUAACUUGCAUUAUCUGCAUAUACAAGCCUUCAAUGUUGCAUAUGAGCAUUGAGCAUUACCGACUCAGAAUUACCACUUAUUUAUUCAGCUCAUUGAACAAUUCAAUUUUCCCUUUUCUUGCUACGCUGAAUUGCGACUGAGCAUCCUGGGGAAAAGUCCACCGUUUGAGGAUCAAAAGCGAGCUGAUGAGCAAACCCUCGGCUUAAUUGUGUUUUGCAAAACUGUCGGUGAAUACUAACAAGUCUCUUCUGACGUACAUCGAUGACGUUGUUCUCCAAGUUCAUGACUUGAAGGCGCCUUUUCUACUUUUCAUUCAAGUUUUUCGAAGUCAUGCAUGCCUAACUCAAGGCGUUUGCAAUUUACUUUUCAAAGAGCCAUUGGCAAAUCGUAUGCAAAUUGGCAGACGUAUUGAUUGGUACAAAACUUUUCCAUUCAUACUUUCAUCACUGCUGGAAUGUUUUGAUGAUGAGUUGGCUGUGGGUGCUGGCCCUUAUCUGCUGGAAUUUGAUGCUACAGAGGGUUGUUUGAAACACAGCCGCACAUUUGACUUGGACGAAGCACCAGACUCAACUCUCAGGAGCGAGAGUUUUUACUGCCUCACUUUCUGUCCGCUAAGAAUUCAAUUUCCUGCCGAGCAGAUCGAACAAAAAAAAAAACAAGCAGGCAUCAAUUUUCUUGGCGUGAACUUUGGGCUUUUGGAGAUGGCACAGCAGUCCAACAACAAGGGGAUAAAUAUAAAUAAUGAGAAAUGAAAUCUACUUGGUGGAGAGCCUGGCAGGCAUCGGGGCCACAUAAUGCAGGCGGCAGCAGCAGUGCUGUCCCCGCAAGGCCAAACUCUCCAUCAGUGCACGAAGUGGCCAGUAAGUGAAGCCAACAACACAUGGUGAGCGGUUUGAGCUGCAUGGCUGGACACAGAGUCAGUGCUGUGAGCUCGACUCGAUGCCAAUAAAUCAUCUUACAUGUACUUGUUCUGUUAAAGAUAAAGGGAAAUUUUUCAAUUCAUGCUGGAGGAAAGAACAAAAGAUGCCAACAGGGAAUAGCCACAAUUGGUGGUUUGGCUUGCUGUUUGGCUGGAGGGAGACAUUAGCUCAAAGAAUAUGAUGUGAGAUGGUUUAAUGAAGCUUUUUUUUUUUUUUUGGAAAAAGAAAAUAUUUCCUAUUUUAGAAAAUAUAUUAAUACAUAGAGUUCAAAGAGCUGGCAGGCUUGAUUCAGUGCCUUGCAGCGCCUUUAAACAUUUGUCUUCUAUUGAGAUGCACACAUCCAGCUUAUCUGCCAAGGUUUAAGUAUAUCUUUUAUGUCACAGAAAGAGGACAUUAUGUUGAUAUGUCAUCCUGCAAAAACAGGGUUGUCGUAAAGUUCUGCUGAAAAGUUGAGGCUGGAAAAUCUGAGACAUCCUCUUUGACUUUGGGUGUCAUCAGUCCUACUUGAAUAACAAUUGCAUCAUUCUCCUCUGCGCUCGUAUGUUAUCAGCCAAAAUUUCUGAAUGAGAGCAAAGAGGUCCCUCAUAUUUUCUGCCUACUCUGUGUUUCAUCUGUGUCACCACAUCUGUUUCCUGCGUAGGGAUUGUUCCCCGGCAAAAAAAAUGUUGCAGAAUCUCGAGCGCAGGAACUUUAAGAAAUAGCUUACCUACUGUACCACUCUGAGUCUAAAGUGACAGACAAAGACUGACACCUCUGCGCGCUGAGCUCUGCUGUCGCAAAACAAACCAAAAGAGCUCCACGGUGGAGCGCGUCUGUCUGUUUUUGAGUGUGACAUGGAGUUUAUCCUUUUCCAGCUCUGCAUGCAUGACUUGGCUGCGUUCCAGCAGAAUGUUAUUUCAGAUUGUUCAUUACACGUCUUUACAAAAUUAUUGCUCUCACUUGUAAUGAAUAUUUGGAGGCAUUAAUGAAGAAUUAGACGGUAUUUACAUGGGCCUCCAAUUAAAAUGAGUGUUUUAGGUUUCUAAAUAUCCAUCAGCUUUGUUUAAAGAUUCUGAACGGAAAUUGGCUCAGCACUGCAGAGCUUAAUAAAGAGAUGAUUGUGAAAAGAAAACAAAUCCCCCUCUGUAGAUGUUGUGGAGGAGAUGCUGAUUUUGCUGCAUCCUGUUUUAUUUUCAUUAUGAGGGGAGCCUUUUGAAAGACUUGUUUUGAGAAUCCUUAAGAGCAGGCUUUAUCAUGGCCACACACAUCCAAAUUAAUUGCAAAAAUAUGAUUACACUGCUGAACAAACCGGUUUCCUGGGUUAAGUUUGUGCUGCUUGAAUAGAGCCGAGGACAGAACACAUAAAUGUUACGGAUGGUUUCCGUUUAUUUUUCCGCAGUUCAAACUUCAGAGCCGCCACAGCUUGUAUCAUUUUGUAAUUUAUACAAGUUCCUCCUGUAUAUUUGCUUCAAGUACCAUCAAACUCCAUGUUUUGGAUGCAAGAAGUCCUACACACUGGUGCAACUGAUAUACCAGUAUCAAGUGCAGACAGAGGUAUUUUAUUGUGUCACAGUAUCUUAACCAGAUGACUCAGUGGAGUGAGCUAAUCCGUCUAGCGGCACCACUUUUUAUUGCGUGUCUCAGUCAUUGGCUCAUUAUCAUGCUUUUAAAGAAAAUGGUGGUAUAUCAUACAGUACAUAAACUUUGUGGAGUGCUGCUUUAAAUGGAAAUGUUCAUAGCUAUCAAUGCUAUCAUGGGCCGCACUCACCUACAAUACAGGAAACCGGUAGGGUGGCGCUACUAUAAAAGGCUACACAUCUGCAUAGAAACUGCACAUUGCUGAAGGAGAACAAUCUAAAUCUUUUCCCUUUCCCAGGAACUCCUCAAAAACAGACUGUUUAAUAGACUGCUGCAACUUUUAUUCCAGAUUUUAUGGUUGUUUUCCAAAAUACAGCAUUGAAUCGUAACAAAAGUGAUCUGAAAACUCUUUACAUAAAGAGCAGGUCCUGAGGGUACUCUGUUAAAUUACUUUGGGCCGCCCAAUAUUUAUCCAUUGAGCCAACAACUGGCAAGGAUGAACUCGUGUUUAAACUGACGGAGACCAAGCAUCUGCCUCGACAGGAUGGGCCUGCCUGUUACUUUCUGAAGCUGCGUGAUCCCUGCUGUUCAAACAGCUCUUACUUUAAAGUCCAGAUUUAAUGUUGAUUAAGAUGAAGACGAAAAACACAUUCUUAGAGGUUGAAGUCAUUGUCUCACAAUAAUGUACCCUAUCUUCUCACAGUAGUGCCAGUAUCGGCUGGCAGGAUCAUGUGUCGUCCCCCCUCCACCGAUGACAGGCCUGCCUCCCUGUGAAGCCUGCUGUGCCCCCUUUCGCUCAGCUUCAGUUUCACCCACAGAGGCUGAGACGGUUGUGUUGAGAUGAUGACAAUUGUGGUCAGAAAGUUGAACUGUUUUUGCAGCCAAAUUAAUUUAACUUUGUGUGUCCUCACCACAUUUCUUUGGCACAUGACCAAAGUGUUUCUUGCAAAGGGAGGAAAACUAUAAAAUAUCACUGUUUUUUGAGCCCUCCUCCACUUAGAAAGGUGUUUCUGCUGCCUGAGUUUUUUAGCUUCACUUUGCAGACUAAUAUGGGCACAUAGUCUGAUACUUGAAGGAAAAUGAAUCUGUUUUUAAUCGACUGAAAUCUUCUUUCCUCUGUUUACAUUGGGCUUUGGUUGCAGUGUCAAAGGAUUUCCAUCCUGGUUGAUGUGGUUUCAGUCUGAGGGAUGGGAUGUUCCCAAUUUAAUCACAACAACUUAUAACCAUAGACUGUAUAUAGAAUGGACAGCGUCUGCCUCCUCGCUGGGUGAAACCCGCUGAGAACAGCACCCUCUGGUGACAGGCUGCAGUAUAGGUCAUAAAUCCCGCCUCCGCCAGCAAAGCUUAUGGAGCUGUGGACAAACUGUAGAAAUAUUUUACACAGAAUAUACAUUUUCUCCCCCUGUUUGCGAUGUUGACAUGUAGUUAUUGUAAGACUGGUUUGUGCUCAAGUCCUCGAGUUAUCUGUGCAGCUCCAUUUUUAAAAGUUAUUAGGGGGUUCAUGUUUUCUAUGAUUGACACCUGAUAAAGCCCAUGGGCGUAUGAAGAUUGCAUAGCUCACCUAGGGGAUACGCUGUUUGAGGUGAGCGUCAUCACAGCAACUCUCGGUGACUCUCCUUGCGGAAGGCGGAACCAAAUUGUCCAUAGUGUUUACAUUCUAUGCUUAUAACUCUGUAUAAAAAGAGUGCAUCUGAAAUCUGUGCUAUCAAAUAACAAUAUGGGCACUCAUGUGCCUGGCCCAUCAUAUAAAUUUAACGGCAGACUUCACCACUUUUUUAAAAUAACUGUUUUAAAUAUAAAAAACUCUAUUUGAAAUCACUUGCAGACUAAACACAAACCUUUUAUGACAUCAAAGUUCACAUUUGGACCUUAGUAACUUAUACUCUUACGUUAAAUCUGAGUUUGAGGGCACACGUGCAAAAUUAAAACUUUAAAGAAGUACUUGUGUUUUUCAAGGUUCAUUUUAGUGAGUGAGUUUUAGUAGAUUUUCAUGAAAUGCCAUAAAGGCAUGAAUUCCAAUCUAAAGCAGAGCAUAUAUUUAUAUCACAUAACCCGUGUGGAGGGGCUCUUCCUUAUUUUCCCUCUUUGAGAGGUGCAUACUCAGCAUUUCUCAGAGGUAUAAAAGAAUUAAGCAGAAGCUCAAGUGGGCCUCAGAGCUUAUCCAAGAAAGAGGCUCUCAAAGACUGAAGAGGUCACAGGUUAGGGAGUUGGUCUCUAUGUGAAAGUUGACAUAAGAGGUACUGCACCGUAUCCACUGUAUGUUUUUGGUCAAUACAGUAUCAGAUUAUACUCCCCCAAAAUAAACACCAUCUCUGGGCUGCCACAUAUUUCAUGCACUCUAUCAUGAUAGAAAUAUUUGAUACCAUCCUGAGUGUUUUUUUUGAAGUUCAUUAGGCCUUGAACGGAAACACAAGGAAAUGCAAACAUCUACGUAAUAAAGACGGCUUCAUUUAAUUAAAGCUUUAUUUUGGCCGACGCGGUCCUAUCAUUCCUACUGUUCUCUCCCAGAUAUGUGAAGGCGCUGGAGUCACAGCUGCUCACUGGGUUUGUCAGUUUCCGUGUUGCUUGCUGUGAUAAGCAUCAGAGCGGCACAGUAUGGCGGAGCAGCUUAACGCUAUCGGAAAGUGGAAGAAAAGGACUCAGUGGUGAAAAACAUGGACUAAUUGGGGACCCACAACAGCCUAAAGGUCAUGACUUUGCAAUUAAUUUAUAGUUUGCCCAAGCUGAAUAAAUGAACAUUGAGUGGCAGGGGAUAAGGAUCUCCUUUUUUUUCCUUAUGAGCCACUUAACUCCCUGCUAUAGAUUGGUUAAUGCCCCUGCUGUCAGCCUAGACACAGAAAAAGAAAGAAUCGCCUGCUGGCAUCGCCUGAUGCUGCUUUGCACCUGAUAAUGUAAAGUCAGCAUUAAAUUGGCUGCUGUGUGUCCUGGAACAUGUAAAAUACUCUGACUUUUCAUUAAUUACAGCCACUUGCAUAUCUACUUGAAACAGAAGGCGUUUUGGCUCUCAUAAGGAUUAAAAACGCGAACAUAAGAUCACAUGCAGAUCUAAUUAUGUAGCUGAUAUAUAUGCACGGCUGUGGUUCCUCUUCUGGGAUUAUGUGCAUGAUGUUAUCGUUCGUUGUUGCUUACCUUGUCCAGCUUGUUUUCUGCCACCUUUCACUCUCAGAUGCAGUGAGUGCAAGAGCCGAAGGGUCACAGCUGUACAUGAUAGUCGAGAUAAAGUGGAAAAACAGGGAGAAAUACUCCGAAAGAGGAUUAUUGUUUAUUUCUAGAAAAAACACUCAAUCAUUCCUAUCAUUUCACUUUGUUGCUUCUAUCCGGGGAUGGUGGAUUUAUGUUUUUGCAACAUAAAAAGCAUCAAUCAUACAGCAAUUGUUGUGUAUUUCUGUAUUUGUCAGAACUCUUAUAGUCUUGGCAGGUGCUGCUUUGUCUUGCUGGGUGCAGACCUCCUUCUAGAGUCAGCUGAGAAAGAUAACUUGACACAGCAAGUGCUCAUAUGACUCAAUUGACUCCUUAUAAGGUGCCAGUCUCUAGACAUAUUCAUGAUUGUCUAAUAUUUGAAGGAUUACCUGAACACACAAAGCACGCACACAGCAAUCCAUUCUGUAUAUAUAAUUUUGUAUCGGCUGUAUAAGAUUUCCCCUCUGAGAAAACACCUUUCUCGUUUACAUUCCACUCACCGUGUUUCGUGGCCCCAUCUCAGUCACCUGUCUUUUUGUACUCCUCCUCCUCCUCCUCCUCCUCCUCCCCUGCCUCCCAUGCUUACUCACUCUCGCACACGCACAUUCCCUUUUUUUUCUUCCUCUUUUCACUUAAAUUUGACCUUCAAGGCAUCAUAUUCCAUGACACCCUGUCUGCUUACAUCGCUCUGAUCCAACACCCCCACUGUUCUCUGAGGACGUUAUGUUGUCAGACUGCAUACCUGUGGAGGAAUUCCGCCAAUAGCGCUUUGCAUCAAACCAUUCAAACAGUUAUCACACAGGCCGUAGUGCAUUCCAGGUUAUAAUUAUAUAACGCCAAGUGGGCAAAUCAAUCACGCCUGUAAAUUUCUAUAAGUGUUACACAAUGACCAGCAUGACAUGGUUGAAAUCAACAAACUCAGGACUUUCUCUUGCUCUCAGUCUGUCUCUCACUGCAGAUUGUGUUUUGACUCCCAAAGAACAACAUAAUGAGUCUAUAAAUACUUGCACAUACAGGAGAACAUAUUUGCAGCUAUUUACGAUUGCAUCCCUCCCACUCCAGCUACCCCCCCUUUUCAUCUUUCCAUGCUUUCCUGUGCUAUUUUUAAUCAUUUACAAUAUUAUACAGUGCAAAGUUGUUUCUGCAUGAACGGCGCCCGGGAUGACGCACAUGGGAAGCUUAAGGCUGUGAGAUCAAGUAAAACCUAAUGCUCAUCCAAGGGGGACUAUGCAUAACACAUGCAUACCGCAAAGUGCUCGCAGUAGAGUGGGAAUUGUUUGAUUACGCGCACAUACAAACGCGAGGCAGGAGGAGCUCCGAGGUUAGAGACGCUGGCUGGUGAUGAGAGGGGUGCCAGUUUGAAUCCCAGUUGAGUGAAUCACAACAAGGAAAGCAAGAAGCAUUGUGUGCUCAAGGUGCCCUUGGAUGAAGCACUUAGUCCACCAUUGCUGCUCGUUGGAACAACAGAGGAGAACUGUGGUCCGACUCAGCAGCUUCCAGCUGUGAGUGCGUCAGAUUGGAUGACUGUUAAAGGGAAGCGCUGGUGGAAAAUAAAAGAAAAUAUGCAGGGUCAGCUGAUACUUGUUGGAUUGAACUUGUAAAAAGAGAAGAAAAAUGAAAACCAAAAAAGCUAACUCCUUGAACAAUUGAAUAAAAUUCAGGCAAAAAUCACAAUCAUUUUUUUAAAAUCACAGUUAGGGUCAUGAUAAUUCAUUUGGCAACAUCUGCAUCAUAUUGAACGUAACACUUGUACACUUGGACACUGAAACCACGCUUUUCUGAACAGAUUUCAUUUGGAUGUGUGGAUACAGAUUGCUAAUGGUCACAGUUCAGUCUGGCGAGCAUUAGCUUGUCAACUCUUGCUCUCUCUCUCCUCUCUGCUCAUGCUGUCCCUCUGCUUUACUAACACACAUCUACUCCUACUGCCACACAACUCUCCACUCCCCACCUAUGGCAUGAUGGUUUGUACUGCAGUAGCAUGAUGUAUUUAAGAUACAGCAAUCCCCACAUACUUGGUAAACUGUGCUGUAAUCACUCGAUUAUUUUCUUUUUGCUUUGGUGACUGCAGGAAGCCAAAACUGUGAUUAAAAUUUGAUUAAUCCCCCAGGACCACUACUGUUGCUCUCACAUUACUAACAUUAGUACUAGUUAGAUUGAGAAAUUUGAGUCUCUCACAGUGAUUAUUAACAAUCAUUUUAAAAUAUAAAAAGAUGAUGCAGUCGGCAGACAUGCACUUUAAUUCUCGGAUGAUGCCUGGGUGUAAUGGCAGUGUUUUGGCCCAAAUGUGAAGCUUCUGUUUACUUUCAGCUGUCCUACGUUUCUCUAAACUUAGGUGUAAACUUGUAUAAAGCAUUUUUUUUUUUGUUUGGAACUUUUGCCUAGACUGGAUCUGACAGCUGAAGACAGUCAGGGAAGGCGAAGAGUAGAAAGUAGGAAUUGGGUAGACCAACCCGUGAUUUGGAUGAAAACUGUGUGUAACAGUUGCACCUUUUAUUAUUUUUAUAUUUCAGGUAAAUCCAAACACAGGGAAUGGGAAAAAAAGACUUGACAACUAUAGCAUCAGAAAGCCUCAUCAUCCCAUAAGCCAACUGGGUGAUUCAGUAGAAAGGCAUGCAAUGGUGAUUAUAAUGGCAGGCACAUGAACGCCAUUUAAUGUAGCCUGGUGAACAUUCUCAAGGGUUUUAUCACUCAGAUGCACCACUGAUCUGUUCACACAGGCCAGAUGACUGCACUGUUUUAUAAAAAUAACCAUUUAAACUGUUACGAAGCAAAGGAGUGAGGGCAUCAUGUUCUAAUAAUAAUCCAGGGUUUAGACAUGUGCAUAUUGUCCUUUUGUAAAAUUUGAAGAUUAAAAAGGAAAACAACUGGCCUUGUGUUUGAUAUGAUCACCUCCCUCUAAAAUAGAGGUGUCAAGAUUCCAGGAACAUGUGUUAGCCCCAUGAGUAAAAAUAAGCUAGAUGCAUAAGUGAUCAAAGAAAGUCUUGUUUUAUCGAGAAACAGAAUCGAGAAACAGCAGAUUCCGACCGCAAGAAUCUUUUUUCGGUGGAUGUUCUAUGAAAAGCAUAUUUGUCUGACGAAUCUUCACCCUGAAUCUCCUCUGAAACCCAGGGUAAACUUCCGUGUUGUGUAAUACAUUUUGUCUAUUAAAUAAUCUGUAACUGUAACAAAAUAGCAGUGCUGUUGCUAAUUAGAAAAAAAAAAGAUUAUACCAAAAGCAAGCGGCUUAAAUUGGUUUGCAAAUUAUUCCAAUUUAGAGCUACAAUAAAAAAUAAAUGUCAUUUUAGCUAAUAUUUAUGCAUUAUUUUUUUUUCUUAAGCUAUAGCAGUCAAUAAUUUUAUAAAAGCAAUACAUCAAAUAGCUGAGUGAAAUUUGAAAGGUGUCACUUGCAGCAACAAAAUCCACACAAAAGUGAUGCUUGCCUAAGUUCCCUUUAGCUCUACUUUUGCUGUUUAAAGUUGUGGGGUGUAGAAUUUGCACCGUUUUGCUGCACAGAUGAGGUAGAAGUUAUUCACAAGUAUGUCUUAACAGGUGUGUUAUUGUGUACUGUGUAUAUACUUUGUCAAAACCAAUCUACUGAUUUGAUGUUCAUUCGGACAGUUGGGAAACACCUUAAGGAUAUCAGGAGAGUCGAAGCAUACAGACAGAAAAGCCAGAAAGACAAAUGUAUCUGUUUCGCCAUCUACAAGUUGACCUAAUAACUGAGCUAUGUAACAUUUAGCUGUCGGGGAUAUAAAAAAAGACAAAACACUUGCUUGUAUUCUUGCUAGCAUCCAUAGAACAAUUGUUGCCCUUUAUAAGCACACACAGAUUACCUGAAAGAGCGAUAUAUGUGAGCACAAACAGCUGAGUUUUUAACUCGACUCCCCCUAGAGUCAAGUGAACGUAUCACAAGGAUAUCUGAUUAUCCAUCUCCCUGAAUUCAAUGUUAAUAUGUCCCCUCACUCUCAGCCAGGCCAAGCACAUUCAGUUCAGCUGAAAACUGAUGACAGAGUAAACGCAGAAUGGGCGCACUUUUUCUCCCUAAAUGUGCUGUAAUGUAAAAGCCGACAUUUACGAUCAGCUAUGAUACAAGUUUGGAUGAGCUGAACUCAGCUAAUUCUGCUGCUCACUCAUCCAGUUCUUGAGCUCUUGGGUAAUGAUGAGUUUUUAUCCAACGUCCAAACCUAUCAUUAACUGCUUGUUUGAGAAAACAGUCAGUCAUCCGUUAAAUUCAGUCUAAUCACCAAUGAAAAAUCGCAUUAUUAGCUGUCUUUUAUGAAGCUGCGGCACAAUUUCGUUCCUCUUUGUGACUGUUUCGUAUCACUUAAGAUCUCUUAACUCGAUAUCCACUUUUGUAACUGGCUCCAUUGUAAAGACUUGUGUCAUUAAUUGUUGCAGUGAAUCUUGAACUCUGUUUCAUCUGCAGUUAGGACAGUGGUUUAUUAAUAUUGUCUCACCAGUCUUUAAAAUAGGAGAUCAGACACAGUGGCAGUUAGCAGUGCAGAGGUGUGCACUAAUCCUCAAGAGACAGAUUAUGAUAUCCUUUGUGGCCUGUCACGUUUAGAAAGUCGUUAGUCUCGUCCUACACGUCUCCAUAAUGAGCAGGGGCUUAGUGUGAAAGAUUCUCAUCACAGUAUGCUUUCCUUUAAUGACCCAUAAACAUGCUCGGUGCAAUAAUUGUCUAAAUGAGUGUGUUUUGUCACACUUUCAGGCACAUUCACUUGGGUUAAAUCCAGCGUUCUUUGGGCUCCAUCCAACAGCAAUAGUAAAAAAAUGAUGCUGUAGGAAGUUGAGUGUUCACGCUGUUCCUGCCCGCUGACCUAGUCCAAGCUUCAAUUUCUCUCCGAAUAUGAGGAUGAACUCAUGUGCCGUGAAGUAUUAUGAAGAAAUAAUCUGAUAUAUUUUAUGGAAAGUAUUGCACUGUGAUCAAACUGUAGAUUUGAGUAGAUAUGUUUGAUAUCAUUGCUGCUCGGGGACAUUUAUUAAACACUCUUUGCUGACUCGGCUGCCGGAGACAACCCAGUAUCUUAUAAAAUCAAAUUAUAACCAGAACACUAAGCGCGAUGCAACAGAUAAGACUUUUUUGUUUUGCUGUGGCUGCUUUUCACUGACUUAAGUAGUAGAUAAUGAAAAGUUGAGGGUAAGUUAAGUGAUUACAACAAAGUUGGUUAUUGGCAAGAAAAAUCCCAAAUAGGAUGGCAGAUAACAGCAUGCUAUUUUUCUUGAAUUUAAUUUAAUCUUUACCACUCGUACCCACAUUUUGUCCUCUGCAGAGACGGCUGACUGAAAAUUGAGGUUAUUGGAGUUGGGAUCCAUUAAAAGCUGCUCUGUUAUAGUCUGAUUCCUGAGAUUUGCUUGACUUUGAUGCUAUCAGCACUUUAGGGCGUGCAUACAGCCUAAAACUGUAUGAUUUGAUUUGAAGUUUUAUGAAUGGAUUUCUCUUUAUUACCCUGGCAGACAACAACAGAAACAGAUCACAGAAACACAGAUCCUGAGCUAAUCGUGUUAGCAUGCAGCUUCUUCCUUAAAGAAACAGAGCAACACUAUCACUUGAUCUAACCGGAUCCUAUUUUCUUCAGCAGUGUUUUCAAACAACCAGUUUCAUGGAUGGUUAUACCAUAUUUAAUCUUUGACAUUUAGUGGCAAUGAAAUAUUGUUUUACAGCAGAUGGUAAAAUGUAAUGUUUAAGGCCUAUGAGUUGUGCAAUAUGAGAAAAUCUUAUGCUGUUGGGAUGGGAAGUGAAUAAGGCAGAUGAAGAUGAAGCUCAAGUGUAUCAAAGAAGUCAUAUGAUUGUCACCAAACCCCUGAGGCAGUCCUGUCUCCAAGAAUAUUUUAUUUUGGUGUAUCAUGUAUAUAAAGGGCUUUUAUUAUCACUUUGCAGUGACAGCAAAAUCACUGCUGUGAUGGUUUUACAAACAGCACUUCUUAUGAUGAAUGAACAGUCUUAUGUUACAGAUGAGGUUGAUUCAGAGCACACACAAAGCAUGACUGUCAUACCAGAGACUGCUGUUUAUGUCUGUGCUGGGCAUGAGGACGUUUUAGGCCCAAAAAAAAAAAAACAUCUGAUCGUACUCUUAAGCUGUUCAAUACAGAGAUACAUUACUUUGAAAUGUGACUCUGUGGGCACCUUUAUAGCGUAGUCAACGCUGUUCUCCACCUUGCUGUUAUGAUAUGGUGUUAAAAAGGGAUGCAAAAUAGGGCUCCUCGAUUAUGACAAACAUCAUGAGAGGUUUAGCUUUUUUUGAUGAUAAUACUAAAAUAAAUGGCAGACUUUGACUUGUAGUAGAGUAGGUCAAACAUUUCAUUCAGGGCUCUAUUUCUGUGCCUCGCCUGGGGUGUGGCAUAGGUGCAGCAUAAGUUAGGUCCGCUGUGCUGAUGAAGCGUGCCAAAGCACACUUUGGUAUUUUGGUGAGUGGCACAGCCCAGGGUAAGUAUGCCCCCCUCCCUAACUCAGGUCCUCCCAGCAGCGUAAGUAGGAAAUGGGAGGGGAGAGGGCGUGGAGUGGGUGUAACUGUUUUCACCAACCACAUCAGCUCCCCUCUGCGCCAGCUGAUUCUGUCGACACCUCCCCCUACUGCUCUGCCACGCCCAGUUUGGCAGACCUGGGUGCGUCUCAGUCUGCAAAAUACCAAACUGGCUGUGUGCCAAACUCCGCCGGACUAAAAUACCACUGUGCAGGGUGCGCCACCUUACGCCGCACUGCUGGCGGGCACGGAAAUAGAGCCCUCAGACUUUUCAAACCUGCAUUUUAAUAUGAAGAAUUAGGAUUAUCUUUAUUAUGAUACAGAUGGUUAUCACUUUUUUACCUGGCAAAUGUGAGCACACUAAGGCUCUUGUCCCUUGGCUUUUCAGAUGCACACCCCCGCUCCCUCUUGCUUCUCCUCCUGCUCUCCUCCACCCAUGGUUGUAUGAUAGUUUGUACUGCUAAAGCACAGUAAGUUGAAGAUUUAAUGGAAUCUCCAACUUCUUACCACUGCUGACUUUGUUACACAUGUAUCUCUGAUGAUGGCAUCAAAGUGAGAGCUGUCUGAGGGGAAGGGUAGAGGACAUGUUCUGGGAGGGUGGGCUCCAUUCACAAUAUAGGUGAAAAAGAGUAGCACACAGCAAUAUCCUUCAGUUUCCAUUAUCACAUUUUUAUGGUUGUGGGAUGCCAUAAUUGUCAUUGUAACCCAAUCACCUGCCCAGUCCAGCUCAGCCUGAUAUUGAAUUUCUUUGAGUGAUAUGAUAUCCUGACAACUCAUUUUGGCUUGUUCUGAUAUCAACACCAGUAUAAACACACUUUUUUUGUAGUAUCAAAACAGAUAUCAAUAUUGUUUUAUUUCCUGCAUUGUACUGAAGUUAAACAUUCUUGUACAGUGAUAACUCUAAAAGGAAAUACUCCGUGGCACUACCCCCUGCUAAAAAAGCCUCAACCAGCAUCAGGACAGGACUCAAGGUUCACUGUGCUUGGACCACUUUGUGCUCCAGCAAAAACCUGAACUGAUUUGAUCACAGAAAGCCUCUUCUUGUAGAUGAGUCAUGGAAAACAAGAAACAAGUGAGCUGUCUUCGGCAUCAAGUAACAAAAAGGCAUGAUGCUACCUUUGGAUUGUAAAAGGAUAUUCUGUGAAGCCUUAGUCUCAAAUGUUUCUGUAAAGGUUUUUUUUCAGAUUAGAGUUUAAUUCAGGUCAACAGCGGACUUGAAUCCUCAAGAGAAGUCUUGUUAGAAUCCACAUUGUUACAGUUUUUUCAAUAUCAGCGACAUGUACCAUUUGAGCUGCUCACGUCAAACCACACACUCCAGAUUUCUUAGUAAGUAUAAAAAAUUUGUAUUUUCUCUUACUGAUUGAUCGAUACACUGACUUCGAGAAUGUUUAAAUGAGUUACCAGGUAAAACCUAUAAAAGGGGACCUGCACUUUUUCCUCCGUCUUGAUGGUCCUCUACCUUAUCUUGUUAUAUUGUACGAAAAAAAAAUACCCCAACACCAGAUUUGAUGUAACAAAAGUGGAGACUUCAGUUACGUCAAAGGGGUUACAUCAGAGCAGAUUUUGGCCUAAAGUGUUCUCUUGAGAUGAGCAAAUAAACUGGUGUGGAAAGAUGCAUAUUUGGUGAUCGGGGGAGGGAGGAGAGAUGUUGUGACUAGAGGAUGUGAACAUCUUUCCUGCUGAGGGUGAUGGAUGUUUGGAGAGUUGUGCGUCAAAUUAUUGUGAAGCAGAAUGAGAAUCUGUCCACCCCUUCUUUUGUAAUGUAGUUAGGCUUCAGAAAGGGAUGCAGCAGAUGCUGUCAACUAUUCUGUGCAGAGGCUUGAAUUAAGUAUCAUUAGAUCCCAAAUGAGUAAUUGAUCAUCCAUUGAUCAUCUGUGUCCAUUAAUUCCACAUAAGCUAAAUCAUCCUGUCAAAAGGCCAAAUUACUGGCCUGCGCUGUAAUUUUAGGCCAGUUUUGGCCAUGUGUAUGUGUGUAUGUGCCGCUGUCUUUCCCUGCUAUAGGAACAAUCUGAGAAUCAGUCUAAGGACGUUUUUACAAAAUGAGGUCACUGUGUCUGAGCCUCACAUCUCCACAGUUGAGGUUAGAUUAAUGUAUCAAUAAAAAGGAGGGAGAUCCAGGUUAAGUUUCGGGGAAGUUUGGAGGGCAGACAUGGAGGGCUGAAGAUCAAGGUUAGGAUUAAGGACGUAAGAAUUAGUGAUGGGUGGAUGAAGCCUCUUUCACUUUGCCAAAAAAAGAUUUGAAGCUUUGAAGCUCCAGACUUUGCAAACACAGCUACGUGUGGAGGCUUGUACAACUUAUGGCUGCUCUUUUUAUCAGAGUCUGAGUUACCAUUCCCCCACUCUAUUUAAAGCUUCAGUUUAAUUUCAGAGAAAUAAAGAUAGGGAAGCCUUUAGGUCAUGUAAUGAAACUAUCCGUAUCGCUUAUUUAUGUUAAGAUGUAUUCGACUGCAUUGGAAAAACACUUAAAUUUUAGCUGGGCUGGAUAAUAUGACUUAUAAUUACUUUUCUGCUUUCUCAAGGCUGUAACUGUUACCUGAUAUUUUACAGUCAAUGAUCACAACCAAGCUUUUAAUAAGACGGUUAAAACAAAUUGGAUUAUUGACACUCACUAAUGUUGGAAUCCAGGUUGAAAUUAGCAGGAUAGAAACUGGUUAGCUAACUAGCCAAGAUGAUAUACAAUUGAACUGUGAGUUGUUCAAGGUCAAAUAAGUACAACAAGAAUGAUGCAAAAGUAAAUAAUGGUUAUUCUGAUGUAUUUAAAUUUCACAUCUGGAAGAGUCAAAAAGUCAAAAGUCUCAAUAACGGUAACAGUUACAAAUAAUCCCUACUCACUAUUCUCAUUAUUUCUUGAUGAGAACUGUGUCAAGGUUAAGAAGUUGCCAUCCAGCUCUCUUGGGGAUUCAGCUGACACCAAUAUGUCAUGUACGCACACAGUAAACUAGAGACGAGUCUGUACUGAAUCAGUGUUGCUCGUAUCACAGCACACCUGGGCACUCGGGCCUUGAAGCACCCAAAGAAUCAGCGCUCAGUGUGCCUCCAAAUUACUGAUCAGUUGAAAACUGCCUCUUUCUUUGAAAUAGAUAUGAAUCUCAGAGUGAAAAUAAUAUUUUAUAACCGUUUUUAUGAUUAUGGCUAAAAACAGCUACCAUCGGUUGUUGGAAAAGACUGAAAUAGAAAAAGCUUCAGGCCUAAAGCUGAAACAACGAAUCUCAAACGCUCUGUACAGAGCCGGCAGCAAGUACAGAGUAGAUAGAUCUGUUUUUGUUACUAUAAGAGGUCAAUUUCACAUCACGUAAGUUAUUUUGUCAGUUUAGUUGAAGUAAUCAUUAGUUCAGCUUUACAAAACAUUUUGUAAUAUCAGUUUGUCAAAUAAAAGCUUUAAAGCUUUUAGGGGAUCAUUUUGGCUUGUUAACUAACUGAGAGAAAUCAGUACUGAUGCCGUUUUAUUACUUUAAAAAAAAGCAAACAAGACCAUCAGCUACAAGACUGAUAAGCACUUUAGUGCUGUAGACUAUUAGAUAAACAGCAUGUAGAAGAACAGCCUUUUAUUUACAUUGUGCACAGUGAGAAGUCAUUUGUCGAAAAAACAAAAACAAAAUUGACGCGACCGUUGGGUUUUUCACAGGGCUUGUAAUAUGUCCCUUUUUUUUUUGCUUUGCGAUAAAUACUAGACGAUUAUAUUUCUUGCUAAAGAAGAAAAUAAGGGCAGAAUUUUUCAACUUUAAUAUUUUUUAAUUGUAAUCAAAGUUAAGCUUGCGUUUGCUUUAUUCAACCAUGUGUUUACACUGUUUGUUUUGGUUCUCCUCUCUACCACCAGCCUUGUGGAUUUCAUAGUGUCACAUUAUUAUAUGUAUUUGCGAAUCGUCACAGACUGUAAAAAAAAAAAAAGAAAAAAGAAGGGUUUAUAUGACAUGCGUGGGCGGGUGAUUGAUGUCUGUCUCCCAGCUGCUCCAUGUGUUUACUCAUGAUGCUUAUUUUUCAGUAUGGUUAUCCUUGACGCAUGAAGCUUCUCUCCACACACUGAUACAGCCUCUAUGUGCAUACGAUUUUGUGAUUGUACGCACACAUGCGCCAUAUGUUUGGUGAACUCCUGAUCUUGUCGUCGUAAUUACGAUGGGAGAUGCGGCACAGGAUGCGAUGCGAGGUACAGAGACGGAUGAAUGUGGAACAUAUGAGUGAUGCAAAAAAGAGAUUGGGGGUUUUUAAUAUGGGGAUUAGUGGGAAUGUGACAUUCUGGCUGCUCUGUAUGUGACUUUGAAGCAGGGCUGUUACACACAGUAAAUAGGAAAUUAGAGACUGUGUCCAAAGCUUAUGCUCUGAGUGACACUGCAAAAAAAAAUAAAAAAAAAUAAAUGGAUAGAUAAGCUGUUAACCACGGCAAUAAAAUUCAGCUUAUCUGAUCAAAGCCUUGAAAUUUGUGGAAUGUGUGUCUGAAAACACUGAGAAAGAUGGCAUUCGAAAUACACAGAAAGAUUCCCAACUAUGGUAUAAGGAGAUUACAUUGAGCUCUUUCAGGUCAAUUGGGGUCAGAUAGGAUGAUGAAAAUAACCGCUGCACAAACUAAUCAUAUAUGAUAAAGCUCAACAGAUGCUCAAGCUCAGCUCUGACCUCAAUUUUCCAUGGGAACUGCAAGAAAAUGUCAAAAUAUACAAAGGAUUGUUGGCUUCAGAGCGGUUACAUAACUUUUUACAUUUCUGAUUCAUCACCUAAAACGAUCAGACAAUCCGGCUGCUUCUCAGUCACUUAAAAGAUAACCGUCACAAAAGUUGCACUGCCAGUGUCGGUGUCACAGAUAGGUCACAGACGGGAAACUUGUCAACAUACUCGUCUUUCUCAUGUUGAUUUAAACCCGGCCAAGAAAACAAAAUUGUGAUCUGAAACAAGCCGCCCAAAACAGAGCAGAAAAAUGCUACCUGUCCAAAAAAAAAAAAUAAGGAGGAAAAAAUAGAGUGCCGAGUAGAGGGAAAGCACAGACUAUGCAGGGCAGUUGAGUAACCUCUUUAAUCACCUCAAAAUGAGACAUGUCAGUGAGCACCAGGAAUGUUUGAGAGUGAACUUCAGCCUAGACAAAAGCAGCUCUGCUACUUUCAGUCAACCUGGACAGCACUAGCCUGGAUUUAAUUUUGGCUCCUAGAGGGCAGCAAAACAAACUGAAAGCACUUAACUGGUGUAUGUAUAUUAUAAUAUAUCAUGAGUAGAUUCACUUGUUAAAGCAGCUCACAGAGAUGAUGUCGUAAAGAUGCACCAACAAUGAAAGAAUGACAAUAUGAAUACAUCAACCAGACAUUUAGCCAUUGGUAAGGGAGGCUUAUUUUUUCCUGCUUAAUGGAAUAACCAUAAUAUUUAUCUUCCUGCCAGCUCUGUUUUGGUCUCCGCCAGCCCUCAUGGGAAUUAUCUAAGUCUUUUGCUGCAAAAUAAAAUAAAUACUACUCCCCUUGUUUUAAAGAGAUUUUUAGCAUGAAACAGGUGAUCUCUGCUGGAAACGAAGUUGCUAGGGAAGAAAAAGUGAUCAAAAAUAAGUUUGAAAAAACAAAAACAGCUGAAAGGAUAAAAAAAUGGGAGCUCAGUUUGGGUUAGAGUUAGGGUUAGGGUUUGUUUAAAACUCAAUGACAGAACUGCUGUUUUUGAGUAUAUCUACAGGUUAGGUAUUCAAUAUUUAUAACACUAAACAUCAAAAACAAAAGCCAGUAUAAAAUAUAGUCUUACAUAUCAGCUACUGCUCACAGAAACGUGGUGAUAAUUGAGGCUGAGGCAAUGGAAAGCUUGAGGUUCUGGUGAAGACAUUGGAUUCAGAGUCUCUAAUACCGAGCUGCAAAUAUAUAUUUAACCUCAAAUAAGAUCCUGAAAUUGGCCGGCAGCUGUUUAUGAGAAAGUGGAGCAAACAGCGCUCACAAACACACACACACAGAUACCCACCUGGCAUCAGCUGUGCAGUGUGUUAAGCGCUGAACUUCCACCAUGACUGAGGCUGCCUCUAUAAUCACUUUAAUGUAGAUGUAGCCGACUGAGAUAAGUCGAACUCCAGUGGCUGGUAUUUUCUCCUUAAGAGGUUUUCACUUUAUUAAAAUGGGAUUGGAUGUAAAUUAUGGGGGGAAAUAUAUGUACAAUGAUAAAUUGUGUAUCAUCACUCUCAAAUAGAAAUUAUAUAGUGGUGUAGCUUUAAGGUUAUCGUAUGUGCCAGCCCUGUCAGUGGCUCCACUGUAUAAAUGUUUUCCAUUAUGGAGCCGAGUUCACUGUCAGUUCAGGAAGUAAUGUGAGGUUCAGGCGGCGCGCUGAACAAUAAGGGUGUGGAGGUCAGUGAGGCUGAUGGGUGUUCAUAAGCUGUACAAAUGUUUGCCCUUUGAUAUUGUUGCAUGUUCACUUCCUGUCUCUUACCAGCAGUUUACUUCAUUGUGACCGAAGCUCCUUACAAUCCUUGAAGAAAAUCCAGGAGUUCUCCUCUCUUUUCAUUUAGCGGUUUCAUGUAUAUUUUUUUAUCAUUUCUAAAUCUCUAGUUACAAUGAAAAUCAUGAUGCAUUUAAAUUACAUAAUUUAAAUAAAACUAAAUUCUCCAAAUGUAAAUAUAAAGCUGAUGCAUGCUUAUUUUUACUGCAUCUUAUAGUUUAUUUCAGAAUAACCUCGGUAACCUUGAAGCACGAUGAGUGUGCUCAUUUCAUAAUGAGUGGCAGUAACUCCUCAUUAAACACUUGCUUCCGAGGGACCUAAAUGACAUAAAUGGGAUCAAUCCAAUCUUCUGACAGGAUCAAGCUGCUUGGUAAUUGCAAAUGGGAAUCCAAACCAUCCCAUCGUUGGUUGCUAAGACUUUCUGUGUUCAUGUGUGGGUGUGGAUGACUGAUAUUUGGAUUCUUGAAGGAGACUUUGUUCUAGGGGUGGGCAAUAUGGCUAAGAUAUCACAGCAUGGUAUAUUAGUGGCAGAAGUGACUAACCAGUACAGCCAAACUAAUUUCCCUAUUUAAAAAAUAAACCUUUCCAUGGAUGAGAAACUGACCUCUCACACCCUUCUGGACAGAUUCCUCCAUCUCAGUCUAUUUAUUUCACUUUGUUUCUGAUUUGGCACUCAGUAUGUAACUGUUUGUUUGGAUGAUAAACGUCAAGUGCUUCCUGCAUGAAUUUCACUUCAUUUUAAGAUUUAAAGCGAUGUCAUCCACAUGUUACUUUGACGAUUUGAUCUAAAAGGUAUGCCAUCAAACUUUAACUAGAAGGAGAAAAAGAAAAAUAAUCGAAUCGAGUCUGAACCCAAAGUUCUACAAAUUAUACAGUACCCAUACAUCCAUACCUAUUUCCCCAACCUUUGCUGUGCUUAUUUUAAAAUAGAGUGAGGAUGUCUGUGCUGCAUAUUUGCAGUGCACCGUGUCUGUGUGUGUAAUUGACACCAAGAGAGACAGGCUCAGAUGCUCUGCUAGUAUUAGCAUAUACAUUGCUUUUGAUUAUAUACUAAGAACUCACAGGGUACCUUUUGAAACAAUUCCCUAGUAUUCUCAUACUCGGCCUGCACAGCUUGAUAAUAUGGUGGAUUGUUUACCCUGUUGUCUAUUUGUGCAACAUAAACAUUGCCAAAAUGUGUGUAUGUGUAUGGGCAUAUAACUGUGAGACACCAGGAUUUGCACAUCAUCCAUCCCGACACUAUAUCAUCCAUUGCACACCUCUGCUAUAUGAAAUGUAAACUCGGUAAACUUAGUUUUAUUAAAUCUGGUUGCUCAUUGGUUUUUAUAAAACUUUUAUGGACAAAUUGUAUGGGAUUAAUCCAGAGUUGAUUGAUUGAUUUACUGUAGAUUUUAGGGCUGCACGAUAUGUCGUUUGAGCAUCGCCAUCGCAAUGUACAUGUGCGCGAUAGUGACAUUGAGGUAAAAGAACUCAUCAAACAACAACGGUAACAACAACAACGAUUGCAAAAUGAGAAACGAACAAGAGAAAACCACCGAAGAUGAAUACUUGUUGGCAAAAAGAAAGGCAACAUCCCUUAUCUGGAAUUAUUUCGCUUACAAGAAGGAUGACAUUACCAAAACACCUGUACUGUGUUGGCAGUACACAUCUGUUGCCACAAUAACGUCCCAGAACAAUAAAAGCUAAAAAUAUCUCUAAGACAGACAGAAGCCAUUCUAUUAACAUUCACAAAACUAGGUAAGAACAGAGCAAGUUAACUGUCCACAAGAUUUUAGCAGUGCAGCAUAGAAUAAAGUACUAUUCAGGUUAUCUGGUGAAAAUUCCUCUAUUUUUUAAUAUCGCAAUAUAUAUCGCAGGGUUGAAAAAAAAUUGCAAUGUUAGUUUUUUCCAAUAUCGCGCAGCCUUAGUAGCUUUGAAGUGUAAAAAGACAUUGUAGAGUAUGUCAAAGUUGAGCAGAGCACUCAUAGUAAUUUGUAACAAGUAUAUUUUAGGCUGGGAUCAGUUUAUGGCCAACUUUUCGCACACGGCCAUGACCCCAUAGACACAAUGCCAGUGGACUAAACCUGAAACAGACUCUGGUUCAUCAUUUGGGCUUUCAAGCUUGGCCCCAUUUCAUAUCAUAAAGUCUGAACUCAUUAGCAUCACCCACUAACCUGCUGGAACAUCGGAUGUUUCAAUAGCCUCCAUGUGACCAUGUGCAGACAGUACCUAUCUGUUCAUGUAUACAGUAGCCCACUGUCUGCAGAGCUGGUUGCGUACACUCUUACAUAACUGACGUGACUUUUGUUGUCUUUCUUAUCAGUUUUCGCUUUGUCUCCAGGAACAAACACAGUGUCGUGGUUUCCUAUUUUGAUUUUACAGCUCGAUUGGGAGAUUAAGGGAAACAUUCAGGGAAACUCUGAUAAGCAGAGUUUUAUAGAGUUGUAUUGUAACAGCAAAGGAAUCAGUGUGGCUUAUUAGGAUAACAGGUGGAGUGCACUAAUGGUUUUAUGUUAUGAUGUGUUUUGGAGAUACAGACAGAGAGAGAGAGAGAGAGAGAGAGGCUGACAGAGGCAGCGGUCAGUGUAACAGUGGACUCAAACCCAUCCCACAUUUCCUGGUUGGACCUGUCCCCUCAUAUCUGGGUCAACCCAUCAACCCCCUGCCACGCUUGGCACUGGUCUGCCUUUAACAAAGCUACCCCCCUGCUCAGACUGGGAUCACCUGUUGCACAUUGAGGCAGGAGGAGGUGGGGUGAAAGGGUGCCUUUUUGUGAGGUGAGGUGGGGUAAGAACUGACUGAAAAAUCUGUUUUCAGCUGAUAAUUUGUCUGCAUUGUGUUCCAGUGUGCUGUACUUUCAUUGCCUCUUUGUAUGUUUGAAGGGAUUUUCACACGUUUGUGUGCGUAAAGGUCUGUUUUUGCAACAAUGCCGCUUUUAGAGUUUAGAUUUUGGAAAUGGGGCUCUUUGGGGAUUUGUGAAGAAAAUGUGCUUUCAAAACUAAGCUGCGCUUCUGCAAGUAUGAUAGUGACACUGGAAAAUGAGGUCAAUGUGCAGAAAAACUGACAUGAAAAUGGAGAUUGUUUAAAAUAGCAAAGGAUUUACUGCAGCUGUUUUUGGCUUUCCAGAUAAAGUCCUGUAAUUGGCUAACUUUAGACAGGCUGUCACGAUCACUAAAAUUCAAAUUCAAACUAUUUGGACCUCAAAACAUAAUUAGUUUGAAUAUAAAGUGUCACCAUCCAUGUAUUACCCUAAUAUUGUGAAUAUCCUUUCUACAAGUAUUGGAUGGAUACUCUUCAUCCGCCAUGUCUACUGUAGGUGGUCAUUGGCAUUAUGAGGGGCAAAAUCAUGCAGAAACAUCUUCUUAAAAACGAUAAAACCAAGCAUUUUCCAGUUACUCUGCAGAAACUGAAUACUACAGAUACAGACUGUACGUACAAAAGCUGUCAGACACAUUGAGGUGAUGAUCAUUGUCGCGCACAAGAAAGAAGAGCAAGAAAAUCUCAUAUUUGAUUUGAAUGGAUUAGACACUCAAAUAUGCAGGAAAAAAGCAGUAGAGCUUUGGCUCAGAGGUUUAAUUACGUAACUAAAUCAUCACAGUCUUACUGAGUAGUGACGUGCGGGGAUUAAUCUGCCCCAGCAGACUCAUAUAAAUAGCGGAAACGUGACUUCAAGCCCCACGUCACUCACAUGUCUGUGGUAUGAAAGGGGUUAAAUUCACCCUGAAUACAAGCGUCAGCGAAAUACGCUGCACCUGCUGCCACUUUAAUGACAGUUUGCUGAGACUGGAACUCAGCAGAAAUACCUUUAUUCAAACAGCACUUAUCUUCAGAUGGAGGUCUCCCCGGGCAUUGUCCUACUUUUAUAUCCUCCGUUAGUAACUGUGGAUUGUAAAGAGAAGACAGAGCGCGCAACAAUGCAAAGAACUCAUAAAUGGUGUUUAGAUUUUCUCUCAGCUUCAUAGUAGAUACCCUGAAUGAGCAGCGCUGUGUGGCUCACCAGGGAGCAGCUGGAGUACUGUAAAUUGUAGCAGCACCUGCAGCGACAGGAGCAGUGGCCACAUGGUCCAUCCAACCCACAGCUCCUGAGGGGGUCUCAAUAAUACAGUAAGAGUGACCCCAUGGUCUUUUGGAUCAGUGGGAUAGAGGGUUUUUAUUCCCUUUAUGGAGAGAGAACACGAGGAAGAGCUGAAUAUAACCCACAGAGCAGAUAAAAACUGGGAGAAUAAUCAGGAUAAUGUGAAAAUAGCGUCUGAAAAUACAGGUUUACCUUUAAAGGAAGUAUUUAACUCGACAAAACAAGUAUAGCAAAUGACUUAAUAAAUGUGUUUUUCAUUCAGUGUGCUAAAUGCAGCUACUACAGCAUUAAAUUCACAGCUGGAGGUGUAGAUGUGGGGGGUUAAUGUAUAAAGUACAUGCUGAUGUGGUGAAUUCCCAUGUCCGUCCUGCCACACAGGUUAAUACUGUAUAUUGCUCUUGUUCUUGACACAUGAAGACAGUGUAAUCAGAUUGACAACUUGACAUUGGACAACGUGUCUUGGGGGCUUUAUCUGGAAGACGUGAGUAGACCUGUCAGGCUGUGUCAGGCCACCAGCUGUGGGGGCCUGGCUGACAUCCAGUGUGACACCACCCGUGGUGUUUUGUCAGCUCUGCUCCCUAAGCACAGAAAGUAAGUGUGCAGGACAGGUAUUUUCACAAACCAUGAUCCUCAAAAAUGGUAAAAAAGAAAGAAAAAAAAGAGGAUGCUGUCAAUUCGAGACUGUUUGAAACUGCUUGUUUACUGUUCUUAGGGCUGGAUGAAGUCGGCUAGUCUGGCGGUAAACCUCACUUGAUAUGAGAUGUUGUUAAAAUCUCACUCUAGCUGCAUCCCAGAGCUAACACCCACAGGACAUCAUAACACUGCCAAGAAAAGCCAAAGCUCAUUUAUCCUUCUUUAAAUAAAGACAAAAUACCUACUUGAGAUUAAACUGGUGUAGCUGUUUUGGAAAUUCCUCCUUCGUGGGGCAAAGAAAGUACAUUACUGUUUGAAAAUUAGCACUCAACAGAGGGCAUUGUGUGCUAACCUGAGAGUGUCUCUGAGGAAUCCUGAACCCAUUACGGAAAUCUCUCUCUAUCCGAUAAAAAGAAUAAGCACAUUGUGAUGAACGUUGUUGGAUACCAUGAGUCAGGAAAUAACCUUGAGUUGAAAAACUUCCCUUCAUUCCUUAAUCUUGGUAAACAGUUCCCAUAACCGCCUCUGUUUUUGUUUGUGUUCUGAUUAAAACUUGUUUCUGACAUUUAAAGGAUCUUCAGGCUACUUGUGCCAGGCUGUUGUAUGAAAACAGCCGCGGUGCUUGACGCGGACUAGAAUCAGGCUGGCAGCAAAUUAUGCUGCUUCCACUCGGCUGUUUCUGUUUCUUGCAGGGAGGGCACACGAGGUCAGUUUGUAAAUCCCUUCUUUCUUUUUGCCACACCAGGGUAGGAAUAAACAACUUGUCUCUAAAUCCAUGUCAAAAGUGCUUCCCUUUUUUUCAGCAUUCUUGCUGCAGCUGAAAACAAAAGCUCUAUGAAGUCACGAAGAAGGCUGUUGACACAUUUUGUCCCCAAGCAUCCCUGUUUUAUUAUUAACGUAUUGUUCGCUGUGGUUUUGUACUCAUGAAACAGCUGCAGUUGGAGAAAGUAAGGAGGUUAAACCUGCCGAGAGUCUCAUCACCCACGCCUGUCACUAGUUUCAUUCAUAAACACAAUAUCCGUAAAUCCAAUAGUGACCCCAGGACAUAAUCACUCCGCCUCUUCCGAGGGCUGCUUCAAUCUUUCUCUGUUUAUAUUCUCCUCCACCUUCUUCUCUCGCUGCUCCCCUUCAUUUUUGGAUUAUUAUUAAGGCAGUUCAAGCAGAGUUCCAGCAUCGCUGUUGUUGUUGUUUUGAGCGCAUUUUGUCACAUUUUUGCGUGCACAGCUCUGAGCUGCCAUCCUCAUUCUUCUGGACGAAGCGCCGUGAUAAAUCCGUUUUUCCCUCCCCUCCCCUGUCAUACUGAUAGCUGGGAGAUAUUUUCUGUAAAUUCCUCACAAGACCUGGCUGAAUGCCCCCUGACACUGUCACAGACUCUCACAAAAACACAUUAUAUUCUCUUAUUCAUCAAGGACUCAUUUUUAUUCAAGGCUUUCCAAUGUGUUGGCACAGAAACUGUUUGCUGAAUCAUGUAUGAGCAGUCAGCCGCUCGGUAACAGUGAAGAAAAAGUCACAAGAAGGUGGAUUUCUUAGUCAGAAAGAAAAGGUGAAUUACCGUGGGCUGAUUUUAACAGCUGAAUGAGAAAGACCAAAACAAAGUACUCAGCUGUGGUGACAAGGUCAAUGGGUGCAAAACUUAGCACAUCUGCAGUUGAAUUGUCUUUUUACAAGCUGGAGUCUGGUGUGCUGUAGAUUCAUUAAGGAAGUCUGGAGGAAGCUGCAGAAAGAAAACGUGCGAUUUCAAGUAUUUGCUGCUUUUUGAUGGUGAUAGAGAACUUAAAGAUAGGUGAUAACUGUGUCUGAAACAGUCCUGGGGCCAAACUUUUCAAUUUUAAUGAUUUAGUUGAAUAUAAACAAACUAUCUACUUUUUAUUGGUAUUAAUUUCCUGUUUGAGUUAGACUGUUCUUUCCCGACAGUCAGUGGUGAACAUUGUGUCUCCAUGGUUAAGUAAUGCACAAACAACAAGCAAACUUCUCUCAGACCAGGUUGUACAUUUAGCACCCAGUCUGAGCAUGGACUCCAUGUCCACGACCAUAAUCAUCUGAUGCAUUGGAGUGUUUUAAGCACACACCAAACAAACCCUCACAGCCAUGAAUGAAGACUCGCAUUUCAUUUUACAAAGUCAGCAAUGAGCAGUUUUUGUGCAUCUGUGAAGCUCUUUCUAGUAUUAAACAUGUUUUCACCAUCCUGCUAGCUCCCGGCACAGUUGAGCUCAACAUUGCUAGUUCAGAAAUAUAGAUGACCCCACUGGAUGCAACCAAUUUAAAGACACCCAACUCUGCUGGUCCCUUGUUGAUUUAAGUACAAACUUUUGGGUAAAACAUGGAAAAACAGGAGAUAAAAUAAUUUUCUCCUGACUGCAUCAAUGUUCAAGUUGCAGCCUCACUUUUUUAGAUGAAGAAAAACGUAAUGAACGUGUAUCCUAUACAGUAAAUUUUACAGUAUUCUAUAGGGGUGGGAGAAAAAAAUGAUUCACAAAAGUAGUAAAAUUUUUUGUUUUACAAUUUUUAAAUCGAUUUUUUGUUCCAACUUUGAUUUUUUGUUCAAAUCUAAGAGAAAUCUUAAAAAAUGACUUACAUGUGAUGUGUAUUUUUUGGGGGAAAUAUGGUUUCUGGAAUAGUUGGUAGAAAAUCAUAAUCAUUCAACUGUUUCACUGAUGUUAAAAAUGCAGACUAAAAAUCGUAGAAUCGCAAUUUAAAUCAAAUUGGCAUCCAAAAAAUUGUAGAAGAAUCAAAUCGGGAGAAAAGCACAUUGUCCCAGCCCUAGUAUUUUACACUGCAUUUAUGGAUGUCAGGCUAACCAGUUGUUCAAACCAUCAGCCUAUUACAAGAGUAUGUAGUUUAGUUAAUGUAGAUGGCAGGAGCUGUUUAUGUAGAUAAACCCUAUAGCUGUGUACAGAAUUGUCCAAAUUGCCAUACUACUGUUUUGAUCUUAAACUAAGCUCUGAUGUAGCAAGCUACUUUUGCUGUAAUGCUGCAGCUUAACUCUCUAAAUUUCUUCAAGAAGUAGCUCCAGAGUAAUCGAGCUAAUUACAACGCAGAAUAAUUAGUAGUUUAGCUAACCUUAUUUCACAUGGCUUAUAGGAUACUGCUAAAUCUUUGGAUCCCUGAUUCAAUUUCUGGUGCAAAACGGACUGAAAACGAUUUCAUAACUGAAAUAUGUAAUGUUAGAUAUGUGCUUGACAUGUAUCAUAAUUAUACACAUUAACCUAUUCUCAACAUAUUGGAAUAGUUUCAUAUUCCUGGGGUGUUUUUUUACACAUUAACAUACAUUAGUAUGACGCUCUGCGGUAUGCUCUGCCAAGAGUGUUGGAUAAAGGGCUUUUAUGUGGUUUUAUUGCAAUAUUAACACUGACCUGAGUAACUUCCCCGACAAUGCAUGCUCUUAGACUUGACCUCUGACCUCGGGCAGUGAAAGGCCCCACAGUGCAUCAUUAGAGCAGUGGAUACCGGGGUCACGGUGUAUAUGGAUAUUCAGACCCACCUCACCUGCUGUUAACCUGCAGCACAUACACAUUGGAUAAAAUCCCACUAAAGCUGGACGCUCAGAUUUUCAGAUGUUAUAAGAACUCUUUUCCUCUAUUUUAUGAAAGAGGCAGCAUUUUAAUACUUAACAUUAAUCAGUGCAACAGCCUGCAACAGUUGGUAGACAGUUGUCUGCACAGACUGCUUGUAGGUUGUCUGAUACCCUGCCAGAAAUAGGCCGAUAAGGAACUCAUAGAAAGUUUAGUUAGGUCAGUAGCUGGGUUAUUGUUGAAGUUUCAAAGGGAUCUGGGUUGAUUUUCUGAUGAGAUCUUUCCAUUCAUGUUUUAUGAGAAAAUGUGCCUCAAACAAGCACAUGGAUAAAGGGAUGGUUUGCUUUUUAGGUUUUAUUUGAUUUCUUUGGAGGUUUCAAACAGACUCGAUUUUUUUCCUCAUGAGUAUAUGAAUAAAAAUUUGUGACAAUUCCCAAAAACUAGGGUUUUCAAGUGUUAAAGGGAUAUUCUGGCGUAAAAUUAAUUUGGGGUCAAACACACUGUAACACCGAAUUAGACGCCCCCUCGAGAGAUGAAUGUUAACGACCGCUUGCUUCUCUAGUUUUACCAACUUUAGUAACAACCGCAUGAUAGCAAUACACUGUGGUCUGAGGAGCCAUAUACAAACCUCAACCAAAAUGCCACUCUAUAGCCACAACUAAUGCUCAGAACAGCACCUAACUUCAUCAACAUGUCAUAUAGGGUCCUAGCCAUAGCAUUAGCCACCAAAACUUCUUUUUAACUUUGCCUGAUUUCUUUAGCAAAGAGACUAAACACAACUCACCUACUCUCUUCCAGCAGUUGUUUGUUUGUAUGGAGACCUCGGGCCAGUCCAUUACGGACGGCAGCGGGGGGACACAGCUCAAGGAAGAACAUUUAUGAUAAUUUCUUUGUGGAAAUGCAAUCAGACAGAGACACGAAGGCAGCAGAACUACUGCAUCUGCGGUGCAAAAUGAUUCAUAUGGUGAUUAAUACUUUAAGGAAAUGAUAAAGUAAUGAUCUUAAAUGAUCUUUCUUGAGCUGCAUCCCCCUGCUGUAGUCUGUGUGUUUGACCCUAAAUUAAUUUUACCCCAGAAUAUCCCUUUAACACACUAAUAAGUUUCACACCUUUAACCUUCACCCCAUGUAUUUGUCCGCCAUCAAACAAAACAGUGUCUGGUACACAAUCUACAGUGAUAGACAAUUUCAUCAUUUAACCUCUGUGCCGAGUAGGACAAACUAAUAGAAGUCAUCACAAGGUUAAUCCAUUCUCUAUCUUACAGCAUGCUGUCUUUCUAAACUGAAUACUAUACAAUGAGAGCUACUGGGAGGGCGGUGAAGAAGAACUCAAGGACCAAUGACAGGACUGUAAAGCCUGCUGACAAAGCACAUUUUGAGUGACAACCGACAGAGCAGCACUUGCAGGGCAUCAUGUCAGAAUACUGAAAGACAUCACUGCAGGAGACACAGCAGGACUCUGAGAGCAAAACUCUGGUGUGAUACGAUGGAAACCCUCGCUCUUGUAGCUGUGGUCGUCAGGCAGAAAGCUCACCGUCAGUCUUAAACCUCAACUGAUGUUAAAGGCAUGGUUGACGAUCUGAGAGGUAGUUGAAAAAAACAGAGCCAUUGAGGCAGAUUUGAAAAAAGCAUCCCACCGCCCCCACACACAAACCUCUCCCCUCUGUGCUCCAUGAUAACUCCCCCCGAACCUGUAUUACUCUUCCAACGACACACCCUUUUUGGCAGAGCAAGAAGCCGGCCGGCAGAAGAUCCUACGCUAGCUUCAAAUAGGAUUCACCAUGUCUAAUUGCCAGUGACUAGCAGCAGUAAAUGCCAGCUCUGCUAGCGAGCACCGUCUGCAGCUGCCUAAACAGCUGCCAGUGUCACCAUGUUGACAUUACAGAGACUAAUAACAGUUAAUUAUGUAACAUGCGCCACGAUAAAAGGCAAAAAUUACCUGUUCAACAAAAACUCUGCUGUCUCGGCGUCUGUUUUCUCCAUUGCUCUAAGGAUGACUCGAGGUUUGUUCGAGUUAGAUUCCUUGCCUGGUCACAUUUCCUCUUCGACUCUGCCCUUUCUUCUAUCGGCUUGCGUUUUCUUAGCAUUUUUGGCGGUGGGGCAAGCAGAAGUGUGAUUGGAUGGAAAGGCAGAGCAGGAAAUUGACCGAUAGGAGCUGUCCGGGACGAAUGGCUACCAUUGGUCAAUGUUUUUGCAGCCCUGCACCUGCUAGGGUGAACAGAUUUUUUCCUUUCUUUUUUCUCUUCACUUUGUGGAGAUCGCACUAUAGGACCAUGAUCGCCAUUUGAACGAGGUUCGUCAACCAUGCCUUUAGGUGGGAGGGGGCAGCGUAGUGCUGUGGGAGCCCAGAUGGACAAUAAGGUUGGAAGACUAUUGAAGAUGAAUGCUAAGGUGGUAAUUUGUAGAUCAACACUUGACUUUAACCCAAUUCAGGGCUAAUGACCAAUCACAGGAAAUUACUGCAUAAUUGGUCAGGACUGUGGCUUGGCCAGUGUUUGUAUUGCUGUCUGUGGGAGAGGUCGGCAUUGUUAGAUUGAAGUGCUGGAGCAGCUAAUUAGGUGAAAUAAAGCACACUGAUUGGAAAGUGGCUCAUGAAAAGUUGAGUCGUUUUAAUCUUAUAUGAUUGAACAGUCUACAAUACUGGAUUGCCUGAUUUGAUUCAAAAUACAAGUGGCAUAAUUUGUGAAUGGAGACAAUCCAAGAGGCGGAGCUUACAUAACUCUGUGAAAGUCUCUCCUGCACUUACUGCACUUAACAUUAAGCUUCAUAUCAAAUUGUAGGCCUUCACUAUCACUGCAGUAGCUUCAGGAUAGUAAAGUGACAGUCCUGGCAUGACCCAGGUCUUAAAUCCCUUCAGAAAAUCUGUGGAAAGACCUCAGUGUAGUUGUUCACUAAUGAUUCUCUUUCAGGCUGACUGAACUGUGUGCAACUGUGCUCUGAAAAAUGGGACAAAAUCCUAACUCAGAUGCUCCAGGCAGAGACAGCCUCAGAGGUGUCAUUGCUGCCAAAUUUAAUUUCAAAGUAUUGACUUGGAUGGUUUAAACUAAUUUUGAUUUGAUGCCUAUGUUUUUUCAGAAUGUACCCCCCCCCCCCCCCAGAAAAAAAAAGGGGGGGGGGGGGGGGGCAUAAGCCAACCAAAAAAUUAACACUGCAUCCCAUUUUAAGAUUAUCCUGUAUCACCAUAAACUGUGAAAAAUGGCUGGAAGGAUAAUAUCUAAAUGCACUGUGCAUCCUCCGUCGGCUUCCCUGUGCGUGUCAAAAUUCAUCGCAAGCUACAGGGGGAGAAAAUUCUCAGAUGGGCUUCACUUGUACCUAAAUCCUGACAGAUAUUGGCCAAAAGUGUUGGAUUGCAGAAAUGCGAGAGGGACACAGCACCAGCCCGUAUCUUUCCUCAAAGCCAAAUGAAAACUCACAGUGAUGUGUCAAUCACAGGACUGGUCACAGUGACAGAGACAGUGAGUGAGUGAGAGAGUCCAACAGUCAAAAGAGCCGGCCGCCUCCGGGCCUUUCAUGACAUGACCUUGUCAAGGUUAAGACAGUUAAUGUUGAGUGACUUGAGUUUGAAACGCUCUAACUGGGUUAUUACAGUAGAAAAUAGCCACGGGAAGAAAAGGGAGCCCUUUAAAGAUGACUGAUGCAAGAUGUCUUAACACUGUCUUGGAACUAGAAAAAAGGGCUGUCUUUUGGCUGUACAUAUGGAGCUUAACUUGCUGCAAUCAUGUCUGCACACACACGCACACACACACACACUUUAUCGUGGUUUGUGAAUUAGGGGGGAAAUGUACUGGUUUACAGUGUUUUUUUUGGAGACCUUGUCUGACCUUAAUUCUACUUGAUCCAAAUUUGAUGCUUUUUCAGUGAUUAUAUUUAACUCACAUAGUUUAAUCAGUUGGUUACAAGGGUUAUCUGUGUGCACACAACUGAGUCUUGAAUCCGCUAGUUGUCAGCCUUUUCAUCAUGGUCCUCACAAUGUAGUUCAGAAAAGUAGACACAAACACACUCUCUUGUUUAUGUCAUCAAAAUAAAUAUGAGCUUUUCCCACAAAUGAUGUUUGCAAAAGAGUCUGUGCCCAAAGUAUCAAAACUAACCGUCAAAGUAUGUUAGCAUCUUGUAGCACAUGUUGCUUUUCUCUGAGGCCUGCUACUGUAUCACUUGGCUCAGUCUCCUUAGAUUGGCAGGAUACAAUAAUAAAUCCAUUAAACCUGAUAUUUGCUUUAAAAAGCUUAUAAAUAAAGUUGGUGACUAGACUGGGAACACAAUUUAACUCUUUGCUGCGAAAUUUGAAGCUAGCAGUAUGUUUCUCUUUGACAUUCCAGACAUCAAUCUAAAAGUUAAGGGAAUAUUGAAAUUAAAAUCCUCAAAUGGAAUGAAACAAUAAAUCAAAUCAUGGAUAACUCCUUACUUGUGUCUGUAGAGUGAGUGGUGGCUAAUAUAUGUUAACUACAAUAAUCUCACAAGGUUUCUUUUCACAACUUUUUAUGCUACUCCCAGUUAGCCCAAAGAACAGCAAACUCAGAUUGUUGAAAAAUGAAGCCUGAGUGCUGGAAACUGCAGUUUCUUGAUUUUCCGAAGACCAAAGGUUGGGUUGAAUCAGCAUUUCCAAUACGAAGGCCACCACCAUCGGGUGGGGGUGUUAACCCCUCUCUCUUGCUAGUCGCGCCACUAAUAUAUUCAAUCUCCGACAAGCCUUUGCAAAGAUGUUUCUUAAAAUUGAUUAAUUUUUUUGAGUGUCCUUACUCUCAAGGUCUUCAAAGAGAGACAGACAAGUGCCAGGCCUUACACACACAGAGAAACAGAGCGGUAGAAACUCACAUACACACCUGCAUGGAAACAUACAGUAAAGCUCCCCGGCAGCCACGGGGUCUUGACAGCAGCAGGUGCACCUAAUUCCCUACAGAGGGCAGCUGAAUGACAGAUAAAAAGGGAUAAAGUUUAAUUAAUAGCCACAUGUGAUCUCUGGCAGAAGAAUGGUUGGUAUGUUCUAUGUGAGAUAAGAGGCCAGUGGGCUGAUCAGUAGUGUGCUUCUAAUGCUCAGGUGAGACUGACAGGUCUGCCUGCAGGUUGUGGGAGUGUGUCUGAUACUGACAGACCAAACGUCAGCGCUGAAAUGAAAUUGCUCUGCAGUGAUUGUAGAGAUAUACGACGCGCUUAGUUCCCAUCUGACAGCCAGUAAAUGCCUCUUAUCAUCCGUGACAGGGUGUUGUCACAUAUGCUGGGCUGGAUGUGGACUUGUCAAUAGGCCUCGUAAUAUGGUGCUUACAUAUACAUGGUGCACAUUCCACCACUAAGCAAGUGACAGCUGUGAAAAUGCUGUGCGGCUACAUGCUAUGAUCCUUGAACAUCCUCAUGACAGGCCACUCAACAGUGAAUAAUGCUGAAAUGCAGAGGUCAGCUUAAUUAAGGAAGAGACAGCAGUGCGUGUGGUCGUUUCCACGGAGCUUUACGAAACAUUUGCUCUUUUGUCUUUUUCAAGUGCACAUCAUGUAUUUCAAUUUUGAAGAGCCCUGAGGUCACAGUUGCGGUCUGUUGCCUUGUCUGAAUGUAGAAGCAUGUUCUUCAACUAGCCAUGUCUAAUUUUCCCCAUCAGUUCAGGACAAAGAAUGCGCUUGUGUGCUUCCGAUUACCGCCCAGCCAGCAGAUCAUGUUUGCAUGUUCAGUUCUUGUUGAUAAUUACAAAAAAUGCAUUAUUUAGUGACAGGGACUCCCUUCCUUUCAUUAUUCAGUGACGUCAAAAGGUGACAAUUGAAUGCAAGUUGGAGUUCACAAGUCGUAUCAUCAGGGGAACCUCCGAAAUGUAUUCAUGCAUUUCAACAAGUGCACGUACACACCGGGAAUACAAAACUUGCAGAUGAAUUUCCUCUUAAAAACAAGCCUCCAGGCCAUUUCCCUGUGGCUUAUGUAACGAGGUAGCAACAAAAACAAAUGGAUGUCUCUAAAGGAUUGUGCUUGUGUCUUAGCAUAUUUUAAAUGUUGUACACUUUUAUUCCCUGCAGCUAUUUUCCCAGGCAGACUAUAGCAUUUUGGAUUAUUGAAAGGAUUUCCCAUUUUAUGAGCAGCUCUUUAUAAUAUCUUUUUUUGUUGUGUGCCACAUGAAUAUGAAGAGGUUUAAACCUGGCUCACACAGUGUUGAGGCUUCAAGUAAAUUGUAGUUGAUAAAAACAAUUUUACAUACAUUAGAGAGUGAUGUUGCAGCUGUUUUAUAAUUACCUCCGCCAAGGAGGUUAUGUAAUCGGUAACGUUGGUUUGUUUGUCUGUUAGCAACUUUACGGAUAAAGUAACAGACGGAUUGACCCGAAAUUCUCACCAGAGGUGUGUCUCAGCCCCAGGAGGAUCCGGACAAAAUUCUGGAUACUGUGAUCCAGAGCACACAAAAAUAAGGGUGUUGUUGGAAUUUUCAAUGCUGAAAGAUAACCAAUGGGCGGCACAGUGGAGUAGAUAGGCGGCACAGUGGUGUAGUGGUUAGCACUGUCGCCUAACCAGAAGGUCCUGGGUUCGAAUCCCGGUCAGGACAUUUCUUGUUUAAGGGGGGACAUGAGUUGCUUAGCGGAGGUCUGCGCUCUCUGAGUGCUUUUCUAGUUCCAUUAUGUUUUACUGCUGUCACCUCUGUAAGUUAGCCUAAACUGUCUCUUUGUGAAAAAUGCCUGCCGUAAAGGAGAUAAAACACUCAAACACAGAUGAAAGUACAGUAUUUCCUACACAUAGACGAUGACUGUGUAAGUUACUCAGUAGAGCCGGGUCAUUAAUCGGAUUUCAAUUUUGAUUUCGUCCAGGCUUCCCACAAUCAUAAAAAUAUCUUUAUCGAGACUGACAGCAGCCACACUAAAAAAAUGAGACACCAUUCUAGAUCAAAAAGCCAAAGUCUUGAUGUUGUAUAAAAGCUUGAAAAGACUGCAUUAACUUAAGUCUAUGAUAAAAUUUUUUUUUAAAUAACAUAAAUUAGGCAAUCUCUUGUUUUUCUAAGCCCCUCACAGUACCGCCACAUGUGCAGGUGAUUGCUGCGUCAAAAGCCUCGCCCACAUGUAGAUCGCCUUUCUAGAUGACAUUCUUCAGAGAGGAUUUAGAAAUACCAGUCUAGUUGUUUUGACACUACCAUAAACUGCUUCUGAUGAAAAUUGACAAAAGAUCAGAUACAUACAGGAGAGAGAAACAGUCAAAGGCAGGGCACAAGACAGAUGUUGGAGAACAAAAAAUGUAGUUGUAAAUGCACACUAAAAUAAAAUGAAGGGGAAAAAAAGCGUUAUUAAAAUCUGAAAUAACUAAAUGGCAGAAAUAAUAGAUGACAACAUAUGAUCCCUCACUUAGCUUCUUUGGCCAGCAGUCCGUUUCUGGAGCAAGUAACUCCAAAUGUCUGUGAAUUAAUCUUUUUCUGGUGCUAUCACUGAUGCUCGAUUUGUCUCGUUCAUUUCUGUGUCCAACCUGCUCUGCUUCUGUCUGCAGUGACUCAUGUGUCCUCUCUUGUUUCUCCCGUGGGUGUGUGUUUUGUCUGCAGGGAACAUCUUUGUAGUGAGCUUGGCGGUGGCAGAUCUCGUGGUGGCCAUCUAUCCCUACCCUCUGGUCCUCACCUCCAUCUUUCACAAUGGCUGGAACCUGGGAUACGCCCACUGCCAGAUCAGCGGCUUCCUCAUGGGCGUCAGUGUCAUCGGCUCCAUCUUCAACAUCACUGGCAUUGCCAUCAAUAGAUACUGCUACAUCUGCCACAGCCUCAAGUAUGAUAAACUGUACAGUGACAAAAACUCUGUCUGCUAUGUGAUGCUGAUCUGGGCACUGACUGUGGUGGCCAUUGUGCCAAAUCUGUUCGUGGGUUCAAUUCAGUAUGACCCACGAGUUUACUCCUGCACAUUUGAACAGUCCGCCAGUUCAGCGUACACAAUCGCUGUGGUGUUCUUUCACUUUAUUCUACCCAUCAUGAUUGUCACAUACUGCUAUCUGCGCAUUUGGAUACUGGUCAUACAGGUGAGGAGGCGGGUCAAGCCAGACAAUCGUCCCAAGAUAACGCCACAUGACGUUAGGAACUUUGUCACCAUGUUCGUGGUGUUUGUGCUCUUUGCCGUUUGCUGGGCGCCGCUCAACUUCAUCGGCCUUGCUGUAGCGAUCAGACCAGAGGUGGUGAUCCCGCUCAUCCCCGAGUGGUUGUUCGUUUCCAGCUACUUCAUGGCCUACUUCAACAGCUGCCUUAAUGCUAUUGUGUAUGGUGUGCUGAACCAGAACUUCAGGCGCGAGUACAGGCGCAUCGUAGUAUCAGUGUGCACGGCACGCAUCUUCUUCCAGGACAGCUCCAACGACGCGGGAGAGAGGCUCAAGAGUAAACCUUCGCCGCUCAUGACCAACAAUAACCAGGUCAAGGUGGACUCUGUGUGAGCUAGAACUCUGAGGAACACUGAGUGAACUUUAACAGAUAUGCUGUGACAGAAAAAAAAAAAAAGAGGAAAAAAAUUGGAGCGAGAAAAAUGCCAAAUAUAAAUAUAAAAGCUUCUAUCCACUGAGCUGUCCAUAGACUGUCUUUUGGUGCUAACUGACCUCUGAACAAUCACAGUACAAACAGGGGCGCGUAUUAUCUUUGUCUUUUAUCAAGCACUUUGGGUUGACUCUGCAGUAUCUGUAGUACAAGUAAAUAUAUGAUGUCUGUUUUGUUUUCAUGUUUACAGUGAUUAUAUAAAUGUAUCAUGCAUUAUAUAAGUAUUUAUUUUGUAUGAAAUGUCAUGUAGUUCUAUAGUAAAGAUAUAUCAGGUUCCAGUUAAAUGAAGACACAUUUUAUCAGGCCCAUAAAACGUUUCUGCAAAACUUGGUUGAAAAUAUAUCCUGAAGUUUAUGAAGAAAUCAACCAAUUUUAUUAACCUCAUUUGUGACACUGUAACACUAAUUGAGUGCAAGCAAUGUGGGUUGCUGCUGUCUUAUUAUAUACCCUGCAAUACAUUAGGUGGACUAUAUAUUUUACUCUCUCUCUCUCUCGCUCUCUCUCUCGCUCUCUCUCUCUCUCUCUAAGCCACCUUGUGAGCUCAUUAUACUGUAUGCAUGGAUAUCAGGAAAUGUUCAUAUGCAAAAUAAAAUCUGAUAUUGAUGGAAGAUGUGCU